CUUUCAUCCAUCGGGCUAAUUUACUGCCACAAUCCACGCCUUUCGUCAGCUACCCCCGGAGUACUUCGAAUUCUUCAUGUGAUCCGCAUGCAAUGUUGUAUUUCCCAGGUUGCAAACGCUGAGAUCGCCAGCCGCAGAUGACUAUUAUUAACCUCAUCCUGGAUCGGUGGAGCACUGAAUGGACCCCCGUAAUCCAGUUCUCCAUACCAUUUGGGCCAAUGAACGCCUAGGAUACCGUCAUAAUCGCCAUGCAUCUCUGGGGUCUCUCCUCCUUCAAGCUACUGCGCUGCUUACUACCUAUCAUCUGAUAUGAUCACACUCGCCUUCCACAUGCGGAUCGAAUCUACGAAACAUGAGGGUGUCUGUGCGGAUCAAUAAAAGAUCUCCUUGGCCGCUCUAUUCAUGAUUCAUGUCUGUCUUUUGGUUUGAAUUGACUUCCUGGCCCUUGUCGAACACUUCAUUUCUCUUCAGAGAGAAACUACCUGAACUAUUGAUUCAUUCCGUGCACUGCGACAUACUCUGCAAGCGCACGGUGGCUUUCGAAGUGGUCUAAUUGACCUCUUUAGUUGGCUUGGAAUCGUUGGCUUCAUGGACAAUCAAAAGACAGCAAGCCCUCGUCCUCAUGCCGCUCCCGAAUACUGAACGCGUGGCGAUUGUUGGAGGUGGCUGCACUGGAAUCACCUGUUUCUGGGCUCUGCAAAAUUCUAUCCACGAUGUUCAUUUAUUUGAAGCGUCCUCGGCCUUGGGCGGUCGCAUCAGGGCUAUUCCUUAUGAGCAUGACAAAAACCGAGUCGAUGUAAACACGGAGUCUCCCUUGUUCCAUGUUGAGAACUCACCCAACCUUACUUCCAUGCUUGGUCAUCUUGGAGUUGCCACUUCCCCAGCGCCGUUCUUUUUCAACUCAUCGGACGGUAGCAACACUUUUGAAUGGGGCGGCAGCUUUCUCAAAAGCAUCCUGCUCAAACCUUGGAUAUUGUGCAGUAUUGAAACAUAUCGCCUCCUGGUUGACUUCGUCUGGCUAAAGUAUUGGGCUUUGGAUUCAUUGACUUCUAAGUCUUGGGCUCUCCGUACUCCCGACUCUCAAGCCUCGCUCAGUACACAAGAUUACCUCUCAAAUGAGGGAUAUUCGAGCACUUUCUAUGACGGCUACCUCUCGCCAUUGUUCUCGACACUGUGGAAAACAAAUGCGGGCAGAUUUCUUCCGCAAUUUCCUUUUGACGCUCUCAUGCAUUGUCUGAAUGACUAUCAAAUCAUUUCCCCGCGUCAUACUGCAUCUAGGUGGCAGCGCAUAAACAUGGGUGUACACCAUUUUGUCAAAUCAAUGACCAGGGAAUUCCCUUCUGCAAAGGUCCACCUCAAGACUAGGGUUCGCGAAGUAUCCCCCGUUGGUAAAAAGGGAUACAUUCUCCUCACGUCUGACGCUCAGCCGAUGUAUUUCGAUCAUGUUGUUUUCGCUGUGGACAGCCAAGAAACAUUGCAAUUGCUCCAUCCAAAGCUCAGUUCUGGAGAAAGAGAAAUUAUCCAAAGCUUCAAGACUGCUCAAAACGUCGCUGUCCUACACUCGGACGUGAUGCUUUCACCCAGUGUAUCUCGAUCGUGGCCGGCACACGAUUACAUUAUACCACAGAGCAGUCACAACCAGCAUCAUUGCUGCUCUACUUUGGAACCAGCGACCGGAAAAUCGUCCCUCACACACAAUGUAAAUACUCUCCAAGAUAUCUCGACCUGUCUUUUUGGUCGUAUCUUCAUCACCUUGAACCCGUUCACUCCGCCACAUCCUCAUCUCGUUCAGGGGGUAUGGGAAUUCACGGACCCUGAACCCAACCCUGAGUACCUCUACGCACAAACCCAGUUACACUCCAUCCAGAACAAGUGCGGACUCAGCUACGGUUUCCGCUGGACAGGUCGCGGCUUUCUGGAGGAUUCAGUUACCGCUGGCCUGGAGAUUGCGGUAGAUCAUUUGGGUGCUACGGUACCCUUCGAGGUUGACCAUCGACAUGCUUUGGAUUCGUCGCCAUUCUCCCUGGGCUUGGGCAUAUCAGAGCACAUCGUUCGGUUGAUUUUGGUUUCUUUCCGUGUCUGUUUCCAAAUGCUUGAGCUUGGUUUGAUUCUGCUGGGUACCUCCUUGUUGGCUUUCCCAAACAUCAGGACCCUGAUCAGGCGUUGGAACAAGGAUAGAGCGUUCAGCCAGCUCUAAAGCCGAUUUUUCCUUAGUAUAUAUACUCGAAUAGAAGAACAAUAAAAUCUACGAAACAUCAC